AUCUAAUAACUAGUAGAGCCCAGUAUGAAGUGCCUAACGCUGCUUUUCUUGGCGCUGAUAACGCUUGUCGGCCGUGCUCCAUGGACAGAGGGCGCCAAGAUCUUGGCCACAUUUGCGUUUCCGGGUCGCUCCCAGUACAUAUUUGCCGAGGCGUACUUGAAGGCGCUGGCAGCACGCGGCCAUGAGGUCACCGUGAUCAAUACAUUCGAAAACAAGCCAGUGCCGAAUAUGCGAUUUAUAUCGGCGCCCAAAAUACACGAGCAUUACGCAGAGGCCAUACAGCUAAUGCAGGCCGACGAGUCGUUCUUGCAAAAGCAGAGGAGCUUCAGCUGGCUGCUGGAAAUGAUAGCCGAAUGCCUGUUGGAGAACGAGUCAGUGCAGGAGUUGCUCAGGUCCGGCGAAACGUUCGACUUGGUCAUUGCCGAGGUGCUGCACACGGAAUCGCUGUACGGCUUCGCUCAGCACUUCAAUGCGACACUCAUGGGCUUUUCGACCUAUGGCACCGAUUACAAUAUCGACGAGCUCAUGGGCAACAUAUCGCCGAUGGCCUACAAUCCGCUUAUCAGCUCACCUCGGUCCAAUCCCAUGAGCUUCGUCGAGCGUCUGGAGAAUAAUUUGGAAAUUUGGCUAGAAAAAUUAAUGUACGUGUUCUACCACUAUCCCAAGAUGGAGAAACAGUACUCGAAAUACUUUCCCAAUGCAACACGAACUCUGCCCGAGGUGCUGGAUAGCUUUACCCUAAUGCUGCUGGGCCAACAUUUCUCCGUGAGCUACCCGAGACCGUACCUGCCCAAUAUGAUUGAAGUGGGCGGCCUUCACAUCUCGCACAAGCCGAAGCCGCUGCCCGAAGACAUCAAACAGUUUAUCGAAAGCUCCGCUCAUGGCGUCAUCUAUUUUUCGUUGGGCUCCAAUGUGAGGAGCAAAGACUUGCCCGUGUCCACUAGGGAUACUCUGCUCAAAGUGUUUGGCAGCCUCAAGCAGCGAGUGCUCUGGAAGUUCGAGGACAAUCUGCUGCCCGGCAAGCCGGACAAUGUGUUCAUCAGCAAAUGGUUCCCCCAGCCGGACAUCCUGGCGCAUCCGAAUGUGAAGCUCUUCAUCACUCACGGCGGCCUGCUGAGCACCAUGGAGAGCAUCUACUUCGGCAAGCCGGUGCUGGGGCUGCCCGUGUUCUACGAUCAGUUCAUGAACGUGAAGCGCGCUGCGAGCAUGGGCUUCGGCCUGGGCUUGGAUCUGAUGAAUCUGAAGGCUUCAGAGCUGGAGCAAGCGAUCAACACUCUGUUAACUACGCCCAGCUAUGCGAGAGCUGCCUCGCUGCUCUCCAAGCGGUACCUGGAUCAGCCGGAGCCGGCCCUAGACCGGGCCAUUUGGUGGACCGAGUACUUGACCAGGCACGAGGACCUCUCCCACCUGCGCGCCCCCUCGCGGGACAUGAGCUUCAUCCAGCUGCACAGCCUGGACACCAUGUCGGUUAUUUUGGGCUUGCCCCUAAUCGGAUUGUAUCUGCUCUUCAAGUUGACUCGCCUGCUGCUGCGCGUGCUCUUUGGCAAUAAACGAAAAAAUGCGAAUAAGCAAAAAAAGCACUAAGACUCUGAUAAAAU